CCCAUCCACCAUCACACAUUCACUCCCACUAUUCGACAGCUGACAACACCUUCUCAUUUCCCCAGCAGCAGGACGGACUCACACGGGCAGAUCCAAAAGAGACGGGCGAACAAACACUCGUUUCGUGCUGCAGACAACCACCGGCUCUGAGGCGGCGCGGGCGAGGCUGACUGGAGAAUGGAAUGGAACCUCAGAAGGAUGGAAAGUGAACUGAGGCACAUCAACCCGGACCUGCUGCAGCCCAGCAAAAGCUUCAAGAAGCCCUCUUCUGGUACCAUCACCAUCAAUGUGGGGGGAUUCCUGUACACCGCCCAUCGGACCACGCUGGUCAAACAACAGGGUUCUUUUCUGGAAGAGCUGGCCAACGGUAAGAGGCCGGUUCAGCACACCGAUUCCAUGGGCAACCCAUUUAUUGAUAGAGACGGUCCAGUUUUCCGCCAUGUGCUCAACUACCUCCGAACCGGAGAGCUCCAGCUGCCCGACGACUUCCGGGAGGCAGGGCUGCUGCGACGGGAGGCUGAUUUUUACCGUCUGAGCGGACUGGUGGAAGCCGUCAUUGACUGGGAAAGGCAGAGGGCGGCCCAGCGGGAGCCCGCCUUUUUGGAGAUGACGGACAGCCAUGAGAGGUCGCAGGGCCUCAAGGUGUACUGCAGUGACUCCACCUUAAUCGACAAGGUCAAAGGGCGGCUGGUGCAGAUCUCCAAGAGCCGCCUGGACGGCUUUCCGGAAGAAUUUGUGGUGUCGUCCAACGUGAUCCAGUUCCGACACUUCAUCAAGUCGGAGCCGGGCUCGCGGCUCGUACUGAAGGAGGACAGCACAUUCUUGUGCACACUUGAAUGUCUGAAACUAGAGACCGUGAUGCUGGCGCUAAAAUCUGGCUUCAAGCUGGUCACCAGCCUCGACAGCAGCAAAGGCUCCGUGGUGACGGCUGAGGCUCUGCACUUUGUCAAGUAGGACAAAGGAAAACAGACGGAGGAGAGAUGAGGGAGGCGGAGAGGGGAAGAGAGUAGCGCCUGAUUACAUACCCACCUCGCUCACGUAAAGUAUUGGCUUGAAGGUCUUGUAACAUGUGCCGAGCUGUGGUGUGUCAUUGGGUGGGAGGAGAACAGGUGGAUUGGGAUUGUCUCGCAGGAGAGUGUUUAUAUCUUUACGGCACAAUGCUGGCUUACAAACACAGGAUGGGAGAAGUUUGGGGUAACAGGCGGUGAAUUAUCAAACUUUACACCGCUUUAGAAGCUUGUAUUCAUAGGAUCCAGAAUGAUCCAGAUCAACUUAACAUUUAUGAUAUCUAAAUAGCAUUUGACAGGACAUGAUGAAGUACACCUCUGUAAUAUGGAAGAUAAGCCAACAGUGUAUCUUUCCAUGGAGAAGACGGAGGAAUCAAACCGAGAGGCUGAACAUCGACGGCUUUAUCAGUGGAGUCAAGAACUGCUUCUGCUGCGUCGUCAACAGCUGCAAAAGCCUCCAAAAGCAGCCGUGAUGUGCACCGUUGUGCCAUUCAGCUUUUGACUAGUCUGUGCGCGUCUGUGUAGCUAUACAAUGUGUGCGCUGCUGUGUUUACUUGGUUUAAUAGCUUGCGUUUAGUUUAUUAGCCUGUUCGGAGCCGGGAGAAAAAACCCACAGUGCAUCGAGUUUGUUUUUAGAUGGAAUAACAAACAUCACAUCCAAAAUGACACUGAAGCAACACAAACCGCUUCUCAGCUCAUGCGGACAAGUGGCGUUUAAGUGCAAAGAACUGUGACUAUCGUAAGGGCUUUGACUCUAGCAUGAUGCAUGUGCACUAAAUAAACGGUGUGUUUGGUAGUGCUGUGAGCCUCUGUGCAGUUAGUGCCACGACCAUGCCUAGUAUACUUUUCAAUGUGACUAUUUUACAAAUAAACGUGACACUGAAACUGUU